AUGGUCUUCUGCUUCUUCCCGUCCGAGCCACCCGAGUCGGUCAAGUCCAAGGGCACCCGCGGCCAGCGCGACGCGCUCAUUCUCGAGAAGCAGAACCACCCGCACGUAUUUGCGCUCGGACUCAAGGACGCUGCGUGCAAGGCGCCUGAGCCGGGCUGUUUCAUUCUCUCUGCCUGCGGCGCCUUGGGUGGCUGCACGGCCUGCUGGGCUCGCAAGGCCGUCCUCGAGAAAUACGCCAACGGCAGUGGCGGCGGCACGGGCCUCUCGGGGUAUGUUGGCGCUUGCUGCUGCGUCGAGCCGCCCGAGUGCCGCGGCUCGCCCGCCGCCCUCUUCCUCGAGGGGUGCUGCUGCCCUGUGCGCCCCGACCCGUGCGACUACCAGCUCAUCGCGUGCUCCAACUGCCUCCAGCUGCUCGCGUGCGUGGUGGACAUCGUCGCCAUGUUCGACGAGCGGGCGACCGAGCUGGCAAACCUGAUCGACUGUGCCGCCGACUGCUUCACCUGCAGUGUUGCCGGCUGCAUGGGAGCGCAGAUCAAGCACGAGAUGGACAAGGACCAGCACGGCGUCGUGUAUGCGGUCGCCGUCCCCACGCCCAUGUCGGCAUCCCCGUCGUCGCUGUCGGCAGCGAGCGCCAAGAGCUUGCCCGUGGUGGCAGUGCAGCCGGCAGCUGAGUCGAUGGAGCGCUGA